GCUUUAAGGUCGGCCAUUGACCAGGAAAAUAACAACAAAACAAAACUGUUGCUAACCAUGAUGGGGUAUAUAGAACCCGGCUACUUCCAACUGGCCUAUGACGUCACAGAGAUUGGAAAGCUGGUAGACUAUGUGUUUGUCAUGGCUUACCAUCUCUCCAGCAAUCGGUUUGCAUCGUUCAACGGGCCUCUGUUUCCAAGCACAAACCCAAACCUCUCGCCGCAAGCUAAUGUUAAUUACACAGUCCACAUCUGGAACCAUGAAGGUUGUCCAUUGGAGAAGAUGGUGCUAGGCGUGUCUGCACUAGGCAAUUUUGUGAAGCUGGUGUCCCCACAGACGCAUUUUGAACCGGGAGCUCCAAUUACAAAUGAUGUCCUACGUGGUGAUAUAUAUCUCAUUGAUGGUGCUAUGGCAUUCCCAGAGGUAUGCCGAAGAUAUGCAACGGGCCGUAAAUACUACGACAACAUACAGAAGAAUCCUUACAUGGUUCAGAAUUAUGAAUGGAUUGGUUAUGAAGAUACAGUCAGUCUGGGGGAGAAGAUCACGUACAUACGAUACAUGGGUCUCGCUGGAAUUAUGUUUAAUAACAUAGACGAGGACGACUUUAAUGGAUCGGUAA